UUUGGGAAGUUGGCAGCUCGCGGCAAGCUCUUUUACUCUCGCACUGGCAGUUCGACUCUGGAAUUAUGAGCAGAGCUGGUCAAUCCUGUACCUUGUUUUGAAUUUUAUUCCCAGAGAAUUGAGACCAUGGAGAUGAGCAUCGGCAUCCUCAUUGCGUUCCUCCUCUCACAGGUUGUCCAUAUUGGAACCCAGGAGGAGGGGGAGAAGGGAUGCGUGCCUGGCUUUCAGGUGAAGGAGUACCAGGUGGAGUUCAACAGAGGUUUCCAGAAGGACCAUCCUCUCACACAAAUGUUAUUUGAUGACUGUGUGGGGAACGAGGGCAUGGCGUUUGAGGUGUCCCACCCAGACUUCCAAGUGGAUGAGGAGAUGAACCUGGUGGCCAGACGGGAUGUGAUGGACAGCGGCACCGUCAUGUUCAUCCAUGGUGUCAAUGAGCAUGCUGAGGACAUGGCACAGGUGGACAUUGUAGGAGCUCUACCGCGGUCUCCCCAAACACUCAGGGAGAUCCUUGGCCUUGGACAGAUCCAGCCCUACAGAUCAAAGAGAGCCCUGUUCGCCCCCCGCAUGCAUGUCAGUGAGAACAUGGAGCCCCCAUUCCCGAAAGUCAUUGGCACGCUUAUUGUGAUGUCGUCAGGCAUGGAGGAUGACCACAUCUUCCAUAUGACUGGGUCGGGUGCAGAUCAGGACCCAAAGGGGGUGUUCACCAUCAACAGGUUGACUGGAGAGGUGUCUGUUAGCCAAGAGCUGGACAGAGAGGCCAUCAAUUCCUACAUGCUGGAGGUGUCUGUGACAGACCAGAAUGGGAAGCUGGUGGAGGGUCCUGUAGCCCUGCUCGUGGACGUCAAUGACCAGAAUGACAACAGGCCCAUCUUCAAGGAGACCCGUUACGCUGGAGAGGUGCUGGAGGGCUCACCUACAGGAACCGUGGUGAUGACGAUGACAGCGGAGGAUGCUGAUGACCCCAGGUUGCAGAACGCGGUGCUGCGCUACAACAUUGUGAGGCAGUCGCCCGACAAACCCUCACCCAACAUGUUCUACAUCAACCCAGAGAGCGGCAACAUUGUCACUGUCAUCUCCCCCACACUUCUGGACAGAGAGACACUCCCCACUACGCAGUAUGAGCUGGAGAUCGUAGCCCAGGACAUGAAGGGAAGAGACGUGGGACUAACAGGAACAUCCACGGCAACCAUCACCAUCACAGACAAGAACGACCACGCCCCAGAGUUUACCCACUCACUGUUCCAGGCCAAUGUGGAUGAGGGCUCCACAGGGGUGGUGGUCAACCUGACUGUGGACGACAGAGAUGACCCUGCGACGGGGGCGUGGCGAGCCAUCUACUCCAUCAUCAAAGGUGACCCCACCCAGAGCUUUGAGAUCCAAACCAACCCUGACAACAAUGAGGGCAUGCUUUCCCUCAUUAAGCCUCUAGACUAUGAGAGCUUAGUGUUCCACACGCUGCUGAUCAAGGUGGAGAACGAGGACCCCCUGGUGCCAGAUGUGGGCUACGGCUCCAGUUCUACAGCCACCGUACACAUCACCAUCCUGGACGUCAACGAAGGACCAGUCUUCUUCCCCGACCCCCUUCAGGUCACCAAGAUGGAGAACGUACCCCUGGGAAGCUUCGUGGCCUUACUCAACGCCACCGACCCAGACGUCCUCCAAUCACAGAGCAUCAGGUUUGCAGUUCUGAGAGACCCGGCUAACUGGCUUAGUGUGAACCCGGUUAGAGGUACGGUCAACACCUCUGCCAAUCUGGACAGAGAAUCACCUUACGUUCAAGACAACAAAUACACUGCCAUCUUCAUGGCCACAGACAACGGUAGCCCACCAGCCACUGGCACUGGCACUCUGGUCAUCCACCUGGAGGACUACAAUGACAAUGCUCCCUACGUUCACCCAUCUGUGGUACGGGUGUGUGAAGACGCCAGGGACAGUGUGGUGAUAGUGGGGGGACGGGACAAGGACAUCCACCCCAACACUGGGCCCUUUAAGAUCGAGCUGGGGAAGCAGCCUGGGCUGGAGAACACAUGGAAGGUCUCCAGGGUCAAUAACACACAUGCUCAGAUCAUGCUGCUACAGAAUAUGAAGAGGGCCAACUACCAGCUUCCUCUGGUGGUGACAGACUCGGGCCUGCCUCCGCUCUCCAACAGCACCGAGAUCAAGGUCCAGGUGUGCACCUGUAAGAAAAACAGAAUGGACUGCAGUGGUGCUGGCUCUGUACGCUCCAACCUGAUCUUGCUGCUGGGACUAGUCCUGCUCUCCCUACUCUGCCUGUAAAUUUGGCUGAAAUCUACUGUAGUCUACAUGCAACACUGAAGAGAAACAACAUAUCUCCCCUACGUGACCAAGCCUAAGGAAAGAGAAGACCUCUCACCAUAACGACAACAACUAGCAAACAAUUUAAAAAAUACAGUUGAGAAUGAACCUCUGUGGUACUGAGCUUCUUGGGUGUCCCAAUGAUAUCUCACCCAUCCGUGGCCCCAGGCUCCCCACCAGGUUUUAGUUACCCCCCCCCCCACCCCCCAUUCAUCUCUACCUCACCCGUCUCUAUGUCCAUUACCGCCCCUAGCUCUGUUCCCCCUCACCUGAACAGUUGUCGUUGCCCCUGGUCUUCUCCCUUGCCCGUCCCUCUCCCACUCCUUGCCCGCCUGUCUUCUCCCUCCAUCGCUGUGUUGUCAUGGACACCACCGCCUAAAUGGACUCUUUUUCUGGGAAAGGAAACACUGCAUAGUCUGAGCUACUGGAUACUGGAUGGGGAAAAGCAUUUACUUUUUGAUGUAUUACUUUAUUUUAUCUUGUUUCCUACUGUAAUGAGAGACAAAAGCCAGUUUUUGUCUGCAGUGGUUGUGGUCUCUGUGGGCAAGAUGGUAGCCAUAAGCCUUCUCAAGUCAGAAGUUUCUGGAGUCUUUUUUGAUUUAUUUUGUUUCUAUUGCAUUAGUUGUCAUGGAGUGGAAAACAAUAUCUUUAUAGUAAUGGUGUUAAACUUUUAAAAAAGUACACUAUAUAUAUUUUAUUUUUUACCAUUGUACAAAUAUAUUAAUUAACCUAUGUACUUGGACUGAAGGCUCUUCAAUUACCCUUACAGAAAAAAAAACUGAAACCUUUUUGUGGACUAUUUCUAAUGCUAUCGAUGUUUCCUAUUUUUUAUGUAAAUCAAUUUUUGGGGUUGGAACCAAAAUAAAUGAUUGUUCAAUCGUUUCAUUCGGAACAGAACCAUUUUUUGUUGUUGUCCAAUUCCACUGUUCCGACCAGCAAAAUAAAGUUCUGUACCAGUUCAAACCCCAAAAAAGUAACAAUUUAUAUUGUUCCUUUUCUGAUUAUUUUUUUUGCAUUCAGCUCAACGUUAAAUUACUUCACCAAUCAGGGCGUAUAGAGCAGCUUGCUAUUCGUGAGAAGCGACAGAAAUUUUGUGGCUGCUUCUUGGCUCCUGCGGCCUUUGUGACCUUGAGGACGUUGAACCUCACGGUCUUGCUGAGUGGUCGGCACUCUCCGAUGGUAACAAUGUGGCUUGAAGCGUUGAGCAUCUUGAUAUGACACGCAUUAUCUGGAUUAGGCCCACAGAAUUAUACCUGCUAGGGAUCGGCUUCAAUGGAGGAACUUUAGAGAGUGGACUUAACGUUGGACCAGAGCUAGCUACCAGAAUUAAAAACCAUACCUUUUGUAGUUAAUAAAUACAAUGUGAAACGUGAUAAAUAUUGCAUCCUUAACUAGCAUUGAAAAAGUGAAUUGCUUCUUUUCUAAUUUAAAAUCCCUCUCUAAUUUCUGAAUCAUGCUUAUAAUGUCAGUAGGCUACAGUAGUGGGAGGGGCAGGUAGCCUGCGCACACACUGGCAAAGAUUUUCAGCUGGCAAAUAUGUUCAGCUGGCAGGGAGAUGCUGGAAUACGUUUCUGAGUGACAGAGUGAGGGCUUUGCAUAGGCGCUUUGUUGCAUUUAUACGGAAAAAAUGCCCGGAAUGUAAAGGAACGUUUAACUGGUUCCCAUGCUUUUCAAAUUACGGCUCUGUUCCGGAACAGUAAAGAUCACUUUCGUUCCCUGUUCUGAUUCUGUUCCUUGAAACCUGAACCGGUUCCAACCCCCGAUCUGGAGUUUUCAUUUGCUUUGAAGAUUGGUAAUCUGUCUGCCUUGUGUUACAUGAUCUUGUUUCACUACCACUAGAACCCCCCCCCCCCCCCCCCCCCCCCCACCCACCCACCCGAGUCACACAAAGAGGUCAAGGAAAGCUAUUGAAUUGGUGGUUUGUUUUUUGCGCUCGUAAAAAAAAAGUGUGUAUGGUUCGUGUGGAAGACCCCAUGAUUCAUGAUAAAGCAAAGAAAAAUAUGAUAUUUUGAAUGAGUUAUGUCUGUCUUUUGCACUAAUUUAAUAAAGCUGUUACUGUAAUUCC